AUGCCUCCGAGAUUCAGUAAUAGGCGGGGUGGAGCCAAAAAUAAGGGUGCUCGUGGCCGUGGCCGUGGCCGCGGUCGUGGCCAUGCGGAGCUGUUAGAAGACGAGGUUAGCCAGCAUGGGGAAGCUCUGCAUGGGGAUGCAGCAUUGGGGGCCGGACCGAAUCCGAGGGCGCGGAAUUCCGUUAAUCUUUUGCAACCUCCUCCCAGGGAUAAUGUAGAUAGUUGGGCCUUGGUAGCCAUGCGAGAAUUCUGUCGUCUGAAUCCACCUUUGUUUGAUGGGGCAAGUAGUGACCCUCUCAUGGUCGACCAUUGGUUGGCACAAAUCCGUAAGAACUUCACUGCUCUUAAAAUUACCGAAGAUGACCUGCGGGUGAGUAUUGUGGCCGUUCAACUUGUUGGAGAGGCCGGUGAGUGGUGGGAGUCUAUUUUGGAGGGUAGGAAGGACGCGAGGAGGGCAGCCAGGACUACGGCUCAGGCGAAUGAGCCCGAUGUUGAAAAUCUAACGUGGGCUGAAUUUGAGGAUCUAUUCGCGAAUCAGUAUUUUCCAAACUUUUCCCGUGAGCAACUAAGGGAUCAAUUUGAGAAACUUAAGCAGGGCAACAUGACUGUCUCUGAAUAUGCGUUGAGGUUUCAGUCGUUAUCGCGUUUUGCUCCCGAGUUGGUAGCAAUGGAGGAUAGGAAAUGUCGACGUUUUGAGAAAAGGGUUGCAUGA